AUGAGAGGCAUUUUUUAUCCACAUUCGUUCAUACUGGAUGUACGCUCUCUUGCGCGGGAGGCCGCUGCUGCGCUUUUCAAACGAGGUGCCACUGCGGCAUCGAGCAGUACUAGCGGCAUUCGGCGUCCACAAAGAGACGCCGAGACGGGCAAAAUAGCCGUUAAGGCAACUGAAUUCAUUUCUCUUCCAUAUCUGUAUUCGUGUUGCGUCAGCUAUUACUUCUUCACUCUUCGCAAUCAAUCUCCAUGUGGGUAUCGCUCUGUUGCAAGCGAGUGUGUGCAUUUGUGUCACAGUUCUGGAGUUGGCGGUAUUCGGAUAGCUCGAGCUGUUUUUCAAGUUUGGCUCGAGGGAUUAAGCAGAAUGGCGUUGCGGGCGAGAUCGCGUGCGCCUCAGGAUGAGAAUGCUGCUGUUCCACAUCUCGCUGGUAAGAUGCAGCUGCAAAGUAAUCCCAGCAUGCCCAUGAUGGGCAAGACUGCUGGUCUGCAACAGCAGACAGGCAAUUCGGAGAGGAAGACGCUGUCCAACAUUACCAAUACGAUGAAAUCGGCAGGGGCUCCUUUAAAGUUCUCUGCGAACCUUCUGGACGUUGAAUACUCAUCCUCUAAAUCAGUACAAACCACAGCGAGAAAAGGACUGUCUGCUCGCGUCCCACUUCGGAACAUCACCAAUGAGAACGUCGUUGUCAAUCCGUCGCCUGGGAACCCCUCAGCCAAAGAAGCUAUGCUGAAGACCUCUAAGCCAAAGGUCGCUGGGCCAAAAACCGAAGCUCCGAAGUCCGAGCAGCUGAAACCAUGGUCAAAGUACAACAAGCCCCUGGCUGAUCCAGAGUUGGAGAAGCUGGUGCAAGAGUGGGCUGAGGAAGGUAUAGAAUUACCUGCAGGAAAGAGUGGUGAUGAUAUCGAGAUUUUACUCAAAGAGCAAGCGGAUAGAGAGAUUGAGGAGCGAGUAGCUGCAAUAAGGAACUUCCGCAUGCCGCUUCCAUCGUUCGUGAGGCAUUAUGAUGAUAGUAUGGAGAUGAAGAGCGUUCUUGAAAUGGAUCCUUACGAGGAGCAAUUCACACGGAGCAUUGAUCCCGAAGUCCCCUUUCCAGAGAUGGAUUGGGGUAAGCCAAGCGGACUGGUAGAUGAAUUCCUUGUCCACCCCGGUGCUGAGGAGGAUCUUCCAGACAUCCCUGACACUUGGCACGUCGUGAAGAGCCCUCCACCUGCCUCACAGAAACCCAAGGUGAGGAAGACGUCUACCAGAGUGUGGCGGUGAAGAUUUCUGGCCGAAGUCUUCUUCACCUUAGCACGUUCUAAGACGUUUCAAUCGCAGUCCCGCUGGUUCUCGUCGCUGCCCGCUGAUUCAUGGAGAUCUGCCGAUAUGGAUUCAUUGAUUGCAGACAUAAAAGCCAUCUUGUUCUACAUGCCGUUGUUGGGUUCCAAGGGGUUUUCAGUGUCCGCAGUCCGUAAAUACAUAUAAUUUCUCUUUCCAAUUCGUUUUGGAAAUGGGCAGAAUGUGCAGCCUCCUCACUUUGUACAUACGACUCCGAAGUAUCGACAAGCUGUCUCCCAAACUAUUGACGCGCAUUCUAGUCACUGUUCCCGUUUAAUCCCUCACAACCUGUGUGUGCGGUUCUGUUCUACGGACAGACUUUUCUUUCUUGUAUUUGUACAUUUGCCUCUUUAUCUGUGAAGCUUUCCUUUCCUGCACGUUAGAUUUUGCGGUUAUCUUUAUAUUUUUUGGGCACCUACUGUCUUGAGAUGAUUUGCAAUUUUGCAUCCUCGUCCAAAUACUUAAUAUCCGACGGGAUCUAAAUACAUACUAUCUUCUCAAAUGAGUUAAUAUCUAUGUAAAUCGUCACUUGAGCC